CGCAAUGCAAAUGUCGUUUUACCAGUACAAUGAUCGGGCGUUUGAACGACUCGUGUUAUACGGCGCGCGCCAGUGUGUAACGCAAACAGCAGCUGCUCGUGGUCUGAAUGCACGCGCUGCUUCACAGAUGCAAGGACCCCUCACCGCUGUCCCACGAUGAUGAAUUGAGGAUGGUGGAAGGAACGGAUGCCCCUCUGAGGAACAUUUCUACCGCAAACCGGGACAGCGAGUAUCUCUUUCCCUGGGUGGUGACUUUACUCUCCUGUGUUCUCAUCACUACCAUCAUAGUAGACGUACUGGGCAACCUGUUGGUCAUUGUGUCUGUCUUCAGAAACCGAAAACUCAGGAAGGCAGGCAAUGCCUUUGUGGUGAGUUUGGCGAUAGCAGAUCUGGUAGUGGCCAUCUACCCGUACCCACUGGUCUUAACUGCAAUCUUCCAUGACCGCUGGAUCGCCGGUGAUAUUCACUGUCAAAUCAGUGGCUUCCUAAUGGGUCUCAGUGUCAUCGGCUCCAUUUUCAACAUCACAGGUAUUGCCAUCAACCGCUACUGUUACAUCUGCCACAGCCUUAAAUACGACAAGCUCUUCUCCAACAAAAACACAGUAUUUUACGUCAUCUUGGUCUGGAUGCUGACCAUCCUGGCAAUCGUCCCGAACUGGUUCGUGGAGUCCCUGCAGUACGACCCACGGGUCUAUUCUUGCACCUUCGCCCAAUCUGUGAGCUCGCUCUACACCAUCACAGUGGUGGUGGUCCACUUUAUUCUGCCCAUCAGUAUCGUCACAUACUGCUACCUGCGCAUCUGGAUCCUUGUCAUACAGGUGCGCAAACGGGUCAAGCCAGACAGCCGGACCAAGAUCAAGCCUCAUGAUGUCCGAAACUUUCUCACCAUGUUUGUGGUGUUUGUGCUGUUUGCCGUCUGCUGGGCUCCUCUGAACUUCAUAGGCUUGGCGGUGGCAAUCCACCCCAGACUGGGCCAGUCGAUACCAGAGUGGCUCUUUACAGCCAGUUAUUUCAUGGCGUACUUCAACAGCUGCCUAAAUGGUGUUGUAUAUGGAGUGUUAAACAAUAACUUUCGAAAAGAGUAUAAACGGAUUGUACUUGCUAUUUUCAAGUUUCAUUGUUAGAAGUUUUUACGAAGAGACAACCACUGUGUCUUUCAUAAAUUCUUUGUUUCAUUAUCAUUGAGUUAUGGCGUGAGGUGUAACAGUGCAUGUAUUGUCAUGUUGUUCUUUUUAUUGUUUGAAUUUUGUAAUACCAAAAAUAGUACAUACAUGUAUGUACUGUAUUUUAAGUCACUGUCGCUGUA